CAGCCGUUGAAUUCCAAAUAAACAAAUGAGCUGGACACGUUUAACGGUGCACUCCGAGGCGAGGGAAGCGCUUCCGCUCCCGUCCCAAUCGCUUCAGUGUGACCCACCCACACUUCAACUCAAACUCCAACCUACCGUGUCUUCUAGUAAUACUCUUCCUCUCACUUCAUAACCAAACACUUCUAACCCCCUUUCUUCUCUUCUUUUCUCUUCUCGAUAAUUCGAAGAUAUAUGGCGGAUUGGGGGCCCGUGGUGAUAGCUGUGGUGCUCUUCGUGCUGCUGAGCCCGGGCCUCCUCUUUCAGAUUCCCGGGAGGGGAAGAGUGGUUGAGUUUGGGAACAUGCAAACCAGUGGGGCUUCCAUUAUGGUUCAUGCCAUCAUCUAUUUCGGUCUCAUCACCAUCUUUCUCAUUGCCAUCGGUGUUCAUAUCUACACCGGCUAAGGGUAACCCUCCAUCUAUACAGACAUGGAUCUAUUCUGCUAGAUCUCAAUGUAUUUUUAUUUUUAUGUACUCUAGUUUCUAGGUAGUAGUAUUAUCAGCCUUUUAAGUUUUAACAUUUCCGCUUUGGCUAUGCGUAUAUGUACUGUAUUCGUAUUUGUAUUUGUAUUUUGUAUGUGUGUAACUGGAUUCCGGGCACAACAACGUGUUCCUCCUUUUAUUUCUGCGACUUGAUACUACUUUUCCCCUGGUCAGUUUCGCUUAUCAUAUCUUCCAAAAAGAAAGAAAGUAGAGAAAAAGGGGUAAGGAUGAUACUCUAUCUAUCCGUGACGUAAUGAUCCAUCAUAUUUAUUGCUGUAUGACGGUGGAUUUGUUUUGUUCAACAUUAUUUCCAAUCUUGGCCUUAUUA